UAUGAGCAAACCGCAAAAUGUCACAGGGUAGCCCGGCGUGCCUUUUAAACGAUUUUACCACAAGGAUGUCCCACUAUUUACACUAUCAUCCGUGACAGUAUUUUCAUGUUUGUAUCCAGAUUUCCCCAGAUGUGGCUUAAUCCUACAGACCGCAGUGUUUCGUGGGAAAUGUAGUGUUAAACCUGACAGGAUUUUUUUUUUCUCGGCACCUGUAGGCGAUGCCAUUUGACCGUCUACUCGGUUUACGCUCUGUGACGCUCUGGUGCGUUCUGAACAGGAAGGGUGUUAGAUUACGAAAGAGUUUCAAACCAGUAGCCUUUCGUUUCGCUUUCUGAAGUCACUUGGAAAAUGCCCAGAAAGUCAAAUUGUUUAAUAGCCUAUUUUUACCCCAAAAAGGUUCCCAAGCACUACGUGCUGGUAAGCAGGUAGUCUAUUCUGUAUGGACCAAUAACAAGCCGUGUUAUCAACUUCUAUUACACUUCCCGUAGGAGUGUUUAAAUGUCAGGGGUUACGUCUUCCGAAACUGGCCGGACAACGACCCCAACAAUCACGUACUCUGCUUGCCUUUAAAUUAACUUGGUCCAUUAUUAAAUGAACUCCAUCAUUUUUGAAAAUCCACCAGUUGAACUCAUAGCCAACCUCUAAAUGUGCCUGAUACACCACUCGUCGCCAAACUCUGACUUUGCAAGGAAGUAGGCUAUUGAUAUUUUCGUUUCACUACUACGCUUACUAAGCCUAAUAGGGAUUUGAUAUCUAAGAAGAUAUAGCUUGCUGUCAAGGAUUCUGCCUUCACUUGUUGGUAAGCGAGGACGUGUAAAGAGAACUGACCGCAGAUGUGCUCUUGCACAGAAUCAUGGCCAAAUUCAGUCCACGACCUCCUGGCCCAAAGAGUGACCUGGGCCUUCAGUUCACCACGGGUGUGAGUCGGGUGUCCGAGCCGACCAAGGUCAUCCGCCUGAGUGACAUCUACGACCCCAAGCCAAACGCAGAGCGCCAGCCUGUGAGGAUCCGGCCUCCCAGCCCCCGGUCCCCUUCUCCCAGGGAGCCAGAGUUCAGACGCAGCCUGUCCUGUGAGCCCCCCCCGAAGCCCAUCAUGAGGCGCCGAGCCCAGUCCCUGCCCUCCACGCCCAACCGCCGCCGCAGCCAGACCCAAGCACAGGUGCGCUUCGCUGACUCCCUGGGCCUGGAGCUGGCAAAGGUGAAGGUGUUCAAGGCUGGGGAGGACCCGCUGGUGCCUCACCACGUGUUCUCCAGACUCCUGAUGAACUCGGAGCUCUUCACCGGGAAGGAUCUGGAGCUCUCCCUGCCUUACUUUAAGCCCUGCUUCCCAGAGGACGUGGGGGCUCAACCGGCAUUCCUGGAACGCCUGCGUCAACAGAGGGUGUGUCUGGAGAGGGUUCUGUGUUCCGAGGUGGGUAUCAUCGGAAAAGUUCAAGUUCUAAACCUGGCCUACGAGAAGGAGGUUGUGGUGCGCUACUCUUUCACCGACUGGAAGAGCGAGGCCGAGACAAAGGCUGGUUGGUUGACCGCCGUGAGCAGUGACGACAAACCCGACCAGCCAAACGCGGACAUCUUCUGCUUCCGUUUGCCCGUUCCCCCUUUCAUUCUGCAACCUGGUGCUACCCUGGAGUUUGCCAUCUGCUUCCGGGUCAUGGGGGCAGAGUACUGGGACAACAAUGGGGGGGUAAACUACAAGCUUACCUGCCAGUGCUAUAAACUAUCUGUUCCAAGAGAGUGUGAAGAUAGCUUGGUGCACUUUACUUAGUUCACCACAGGAGGGUGCCAUGAAGAUUCACAUAGUUGUGGAAUAAGCACUUUGAAGUAGACUGUAGUGUGCCACUGUUUUUAAGUUCCUCGUCUGGCAUUGAUUAAACCCCUAAAGACUCAUCGCUGUUCCUCAAAAUGUAUUAAAAAAAUUCCCUUCAUGGCCUUACAAUGCAAUGUAAUGGAUGUAUUUGCGGAGCUAUGAAUAUGCAGAUUUAUACAGUCUUACGUUCCUAGACAGCAGUCAGGUCUAGAGUCUGUUCCUAUUUUGAUGCUACUUCAGUAAUCAUAAACAACUUGUAUUUCAGUAACAUCUGCUUGAGGCAGAAUCAUACAAUGAUCUUAGCACUAUGCAGGGAUUAAAGUAUUCCGGCACCGUGCCGGAUUUCCGGCGUCCGGCGUGCGGCGUUUGGCUGCGAAAAAAAAUCUUAUAUUAAAAAAAAAAAAAAAAAAAACACG